AUGUAUAUGGAAACGAACGAAUGGAUGGCUAAUGUACCGGAAAAUUUAAUUGUAAUGGGUGUUGGAGCUGGUAGUGUCAUAGAACAGGUUCCAUAUUGGGAGCAACCAUUUUCACAACCAUAUUUUGAUAAUUCAACGCGACGUGAAACAACUACAACGGUUGGACAAACUGCGUAUUUACAUUGUAGAGUACGAAAUUUGGGUGAUAGAGCCGUAUCAUGGAUACGAAAACGAGAUCUACAUAUAUUAACAGUUGGUAUUUUGACAUAUACAAAUGAUCAACGAUUUCAAUCAUUACAUUCAGACGGUACAGAUGAAUGGACAUUAAAAGUGAGUUCACCACAAACACGUGACACAGGAACGUAUGAAUGUCAAGUCAGCACCGAGCCUAAAAUCAGUCAAGCUUUUCGGCUUAAUGUUGUUGUAUCAAAAGCGAAAAUUCUAGGUAAUCCAGAAUUAUACAUAAAAAGUGGCAGUGAUAUAAAUUUAACAUGUAUCGUGCUACAAACACCGGAUCCACCAAGUUUCAUCUAUUGGUAUCGUGGUGGCAAUGUUAUAAAUUAUUCUCAACGUGGUGGUAUUAGUGUUGUUACAGAAAAACAAACUCGUACAAGUAGAUUACUAAUAUCACGUGCUUUACCUAGUGACAGCGGUAACUAUACUUGUUCACCAUCAAGCAGUGACUCAUCUAGUGUUUUAGUUCAUGUAUUAAAUGGCGAACAUCCGGCUGCAAUGCAACAUGGUAACAGUAGUUCAAGUACGAGUAGCAGCAGUUCGAAUACCAGCCGUGCUAGUAGACAUCAUAAUCAUUUUAAUGUAUUAUUGUUAUUGUUUUUUAUUGCAUUUCUUAUUUCUAGGUGA